AGCCCUAACUCUCACAUCACUAGUGCAAGCGUCGCAUUAAAAAUAUAAAAGCAACAUUAAAAUUACUUACAACAAUUGCAAUAUCGUAUCACACAAAUGGCCGAAUUUUCCGUAGAACGCGUGGAAGACAAACGAUUGGUUAACGGCCGCACGGAAUACUAUUUAAAGUGGAAGGGCUAUCCUCGCAGUGAAAACACUUGGGAGCCUGUGGAAAAUUUGGAUUGCCCCGACCUAAUAUCAACAUUCGAAGAGUCGCUGAAAACGAAGAAGGAGCCCAAGAAGCGAGUAGCAACAGUCUCCACACCAGAAAACAUUCGCAGCAAGCGCAAGUCAUUCAUGGAGGAUGAGACCGAAGAGACCCGUAAGCUGAUCGGCUUUGAGCGCGGCUUGGUGCCGUCAAAGAUACUUGGUGCCACCGACUCGCUGGGCCAGCUCAUGUUCCUGAUGAAGUGGAAGGGCAGCGAUCAUGCCGAUCUGGUGUCCGCCAAAGUUGCCAACGAACGCUGCCCACAGGUUGUGAUUGCGUUCUACGAGGAGCGCCUCACCUGGCACACUGGCAAUGGCAACGGCACCGGUGGCGGCGGUGAUGGUGGUGACGGUAUGGGCUGCAGCGGCUCUGGAACUGGCACUAACCCCGGCAGCGUCGAGACUCCCAGUGGCAGCAUUGCUGGCGGACCAGACGAGGAGGAGGACGAAGAGGUCGAAGCUGAGGCUGAGGCCGAGCCGGAGCCAGAACCUGAAGCUGAAGCUGAAGCAGAGGCCGAGGCCAGUCCAGCCGCCAGCACCAAUAACGAUGAGAACCAGCUUGGCAUCGGAGAAGCCGACGACUAAGCAUAUUCGAAAUAAUCUACAAAUGUAUACAAAGCAUAUACAUACAUAGAAAUUAGUGUACCAAUUAAGGACAAUGUGGAUCUAAAAGCAAAUACGCGCCAAUUGGGCCGCUUAGUUUGACUUAACUAUUUUUUUUGUUUUAAUACAUAACUACAUAUAUUUUAACCAGCCUCACAAACGGAAAAUAUAUGUAAAAUAUUUCCCGAUCGGAAUAUAUUAAAUAUUGACUUCGCUCAUUAUUUGGGACACCCAACAUCCAGCCCACA